CUAAUACGUGUCAAACGAAAUUGUAGCAUCACAUAACCAAACAUUCCAAAUAUGUAUCUUCUGUACUUUUAAUAAAUUCAUUUACUUUGUAAUAUAAACCGCCACAAUGAUCAUAACAAUAGCGUUAUUAACUUCUUGUGUAAAAUUAUUGUUAUUACCUGCCUACAGAUCUACAGACUUUGAAGUGCAUAGAAAUUGGUUGGCUCUAACGCACAGUUUACCAUAUAAGAAAUGGUAUUUCGAAGAUACUUCUGAAUGGACCUUAGAUUAUCCCCCAUUGUUUGCUUGGUUUGAAUACUUCCUCUCCUUUUUUGCCAAAUUUUUUGAUGACAAAAUGCUUGUAGUCUCCAAUCUCAACUAUGCCUCUGACAAGACUGUGCUUUUUCAAAGGCUAAGUGUUAUUAUUUCUGAUAUAUUUUACAUCUAUGGGGUGUACAAAGUUAGCAAGUCUCUAAAAAAGAGUUGGAGAAAUGAUGUAGUCCUUCCAAUAAUUUUAAUUACUAACUGUGGAUUAAUUAUGCUAGAUCAUGUUCACUUUCAAUAUAAUGGAAUGAUGUAUGGUAUACUAUUGUUAUCUAUAGCAUAUUUAUAUCAGGGGCAAUAUUUGAAAGCUGCUUGUGUAUUUACAAUUUUGUUAAAUAUGAAACAUAUAUACAUAUAUGUUGCUCCAGCUUAUUUCAUAUAUUUACUGAAGCAUUAUUGUCUACAAAGUAAUUUGACAAUCACUAACACUUUUUCAAUAAAAUUUAUGAAGAAUACAUCAAUUUUGGCUACUACAGUUUUAGCAGUAUUCUUUUUAAGUUUUGCCCCCUUUGCUGAUCAUAUUGAUAAGGUGUUAUCCAGAUUGUUCCCUUUUAAAAGAGGUCUAUGUCAUGCAUAUUGGGCCCCAAACUUUUGGGCCCUUUAUAAUAUUGUUGAUAAAAUUGGAUAUUAUAUUUGUAAAAAAAUGGGAAUAAUAGAAUUUUUAAAGCCAACAGCAUCUAUGACUGGAGGACUAGUACAAGAGUUUUCCCAUUCUUUUUUACCAAAUGUUACUCCAUUUAUUACUAUUUUAGUGACUGCCACCUUUAUGUUACCUGUCAUGGGAAAACUACUAUUGCAAGACAAACAUCCCAUAAAUUUUUUACGUUGCAUGACUUUAUGUGGCCUUACUGCCUUUCUCUUUGGAUGGCAUGUCCAUGAAAAAGCAAUUUUAAUGGCAAUUAUUCCUUUAAGCAUUUUAUCAGUAAUGGAAGCAAGAGACGCCAACAUAUUUUUAAUAUUAUCUGUGGUUGGUCAUUAUUCCCUAUUUCCUUUAUUGUAUCCGGAUUCUCUACUUUUAAUUAAAGUGUUACUUUUGAUUUUACAUUCCAUGUAUUCAUUUCACAGUCUGUCAAAAAUAUAUCCACUAAAUAUUUGUAAAUAUUCACUUCCUCUCCUUAACCAUAUAGAAAGUAUGUAUAUUUUAGGUUUAGUAUUAAUAUUUUUAUAUGAAAAUGUGAUACACUAUGUAUUAGGGAUAUCGAAGAUACUACCAUUUUUACCCCUUAUGAUAACUUCAGUAUAUUGUUCUCUUGGAGUAAUAUAUUGUUGGAUAAAGAUGUAUAUAAAUUUUUUUCAAAAAUGUAACAGAAAUGUGCGAAAUAAAUAAAAUGUUAAUAAAUCAAAAUAUUUUGUA